AUGCAUUUCUCAACGCCUUUGGCUCUUCUCCUUUCUCAGGUCGCCCUGGGCUCGGCCGCUGGAUGCGGUGAUGCCGAUGCCUGUGUCGGUACCGAGUUCUGCACCACGGCUGUCUUCACGACGCCUACGUCCACGACUCUGACCACCUGUGUGCCUACCGCUACCUGUCUCGGGGUCUAUGAGUUUGUCUAUCUACAGAUGUUUUUCCUGCUUCAUCUCCUUCUGACCACACCAGAAAACUGCGAGUCCGGUGGCUCCGGCCAAAGCUGCUGCUCGGGCUACUGCGCUGCCACCAAGUGCCGGUCGACCGACUCGGACUGGCCUGGCUGCAGGGAGGACAAGGGGCCGUGCCUUGUUGAUGAGAACUGCUGUUAUGGGAACAAGUGUGUUGAUGGGCUUUGCACUCGGCCAUAG